AUGGCGCAAGUUGAAAUGCCGCAGCCUGUUCCUGGACCAGUCUCAAACGAAAACACCGCGCCCUCGACGACUGACGAGAUCAAGACCGUUUUCCACGACGUCAAUGACUUCAAUGUCAAACAUCCUCUUCUCAAUGCCUGGAGUCUAUGGUUCACCAAGCCGCCGUCGUCAAAGGGAGACAAUUGGAACGACUUGCUAAAAGAAGUUAUCACCUUCGACACAGUUGAGGAGUUUUGGGGAGUCUAUAAUAACAUCACUGCGUGUUCCGACCUCAGUCUCAAGUCCGACUAUCACCUUUUCAAGAAGGGAGUACGGCCAGAAUGGGAAGACAUUCAGAACAAGCAUGGCGGCAAAUGGUCGUACUCGUUCAAGGACAAGAAGUUGAUCAACAUUGAUGAACUGUGGCUUCAUACGCAGUUGGCCGCCAUUGGUGAGACCCUCGAGGACGAAGGAGACAACGAGAUCAUGGGCGUUGUUGUGAACGUCCGCAAAGGAUUCUACAGAAUUGGAUUGUGGACUCGGACUACUGGAAAAGCUGGUGGCAAGGACACAUUGAUGAAGAUCGGUGCACGCUUCAAAGAGGUCUUACAACUGGGACCGAGUGAUGUUCUUGAGUUCAGCGGUCAUACUGAUGCGGCUCACGCUGGUAGCACCAGAGCGAAGGCCAAGUACACUGUCUGA